AUGACGAAAUUCCCUCUGCCACUCUCUCUCUCUAGCUCGCUCGCUCUGUCAUUUUUGGGUUUUAGAUCUUCAUCUUCUAACAUGGAUCGUGUCUCCAGUAACGGAGAUCAAUCUCAGACAGCUUUCCCUGAUGCAUUGGCAUUCAAGAAUAUCAAUCAUCUUAACAAGAAGCAGAUCAGUGGUUGUGGCACAAUCUGUGUAAAACAAGAGGAUCCAUGCCAUUUCUUGCGUGUGCUUUAUGAGAGCCUGAUCGCAGGAGGGAUAGCUGGUCUUGUUGUGGAAGCUGCUCUAUACCCGAUUGAUACAAUUAAAACUCGAGUACAGGUAGCUCGAGAUGGAGGAAAGAUAAUAUGGAAGGGGCUAUACUCUGGUCUUGGUGGAAACCUUGCUGGUGUCUUACCUGCUUCCGCCUUAUUUUUCGGUGUAUAUGAACCAACCAAACAGAAGCUGCUAGAGGUUUUACCCGAAAAGCUUAGUGCGGUUGCACAUUUGGCUGCAGGUGCUUUAGGAGGUGCUGUUUCUUCUAUUGUUCGUGUGCCAACAGAAGUUGUUAAACAGCGAAUGCAAACUGGACAAUUUGCUUCGGCCCCUGACGCUGUUCGCCUUAUUGUAGUCAAGGAAGGCUUUGGAGGCAUGUAUGCGGGUUUUGGAUCUUUCUUGUUGCGAGAUUUGCCUUUUGACGCGCUUCAGUUUUGCGUAUAUGAGCAAUUACGGAUUGGAUACAAGCUAGCUGCGAGAAGAGAUUUAAAUGAUCCAGAGAACGCAAUGCUUGGUGCCUUUGCUGGUGCUGUCACUGGAGUCUUGACCACUCCUCUAGAUGUAAUCAAAACCAGAUUAAUGGUUCAGGGCGCAGGAAAUCAGUAUAAAGGAGUUUCGGAUUGCGUUAAGACGAUAUUAAGAGAAGAAGGGUCAUCAGCUUUGUGGAAGGGAAUGGGUCCAAGAGUACUAUGGAUAGGAAUUGGAGGUUCAAUUUUCUUUGGAGUUUUGGAAAAGACAAAGCAGAUUCUUUCAAAUCAGAAAAAGCCAAAAGAGUUAUAAGACUUAAACAGUUAGAUUCUACCUUUUGUGUCUACAUCACUCUUGUCUCUUUGAUGUUUUCUGUGAAGGUGAAGCACUGAAGUAAUUCAGAUUCUCUACGUAUCUGUCUUAAUCCUCUUUUGUUCGAUCAACCUCCACAAUUGUAAUCUAAAUUAAAUAUUUUUGGGUAAUUCAUUAUUUUAAUUUU